ACACAGCUAAAAAGACACGGUGCGCGUCUUUUCGAUCGCAAUGAAAGAGUUAAAAGUGUCCGGAGAUUGGUCCAAAAAAUGGAUCAAAAUUUUCUUCUGCAUGAUCUGUACCAUGCUUUGCUACUUGGGCGUACUGUUGUUAACGAUUGCAACGGUAUGCCGAAUGCAGUAUGAACAGUUGGACGUGCUUAUGGACAUUCGGAUGUACCGGUUGGUUUUGUUCUUGAUGCUGGUUGGAGCUUUGUGUGUAGUGCUUGCAUUCAUCGGGUUCCUUGGCACUUGGAGAGAAAAUCGCCCUGUAUUGUACACGUUCUGUUUGCUGUUGAUCGUGUUUUCACUGAUGGAAGGUACGGUAGCAUUCAUCGGAUACACGCAGCGAUAUCAUAUGGACAUGGAAAUGGAGAGCAAACUGUGGCUUUCCGUUAAUCAGUACCCAACCGAUGUCAGUUGGCAACCGUACGUGGAUUCCUAUCAAACGCAGCUAAAGUGUUGCGGAGUUCACAAUUAUACCGAUUGGUUUACGGCAAUGCCACCGGAAGAGGUGACGCCGGACGAUAAGGAUCUGAUAGCGCAGCUAGUUCCACUUUCCUGCUGUGAUCUGGCUGAUACAACGCAAUGCACAAUCUACGACGUCGGUUGCCAUUCGAGAAUGUACGAUAUAUUUUACGAAACGGCAAAUACGGUUAUAACUAACACGCUGACAACUGUGCUAUUGCAGCUAUGUGGCGCUGGAUUUGGUUUCUUUUUGGUGCGUAAGCUAAAGCUAUUUACGUUUGCUGAUGAAGAUUUGCUCUACACGGACAAGCGAAACCAAUUCGCGUACUCGAAAAUGCAUAGCAUGACCGCGUCGAGUGAAAAAUUGUAAC